CUAGGCAAAAAAAAGCCGGCUCCUUACUUCCUCUCUCUCUCUCUCUCUCUUCAUUUUUUACUACAUUUUUUUUUCAGAUUAUUUUACUUUCACUCUCUUUAUCUCUUCUUGACUACAGUGGUGUUGUAUAGUUUGCGUUUGCAAAGAUUCCUCCACAUUUUCUCCCAACUCUAAGCGUUAAAGAGAGAGAGAUAGUCAUUAAGCAAGCAGAAGAAAAUUUCUAGAGAGAAAUAUCAAAACCACAAUAACUCCCCGGGAAAUGCCCUUCUCUCCGGCGUUUCCGUUUCCUCAUAACCAGACAACAUAAAAAACCCAGCAAAUGUUUCCGUAAUAAUAAAAAGAGAUUUGAAAGCAGGAGAGAAUUUGUGGAGAGAAGAGUGUGAGGGGGUUUCUAUACGCGAGCUACAAAAUGCGUGAAGGACUUAUCGUUGAUGCGGUAACCGACGUCGUUUCAACCACAAAGAAGAAGAAAUCAGGAGAGCAAGACGACAACAUCAUCAACAACGACGACGACGACAACAAUAAUCAGCGGCAGCAGCUAGAUAAGGUUAUACUGCUAGUGGCAGACAAAGAAAUCACAAAACAAGCAGCUGUUCCGCCACAACCCAUUGUUGUUACCCGCGCUCGAUCCCAAUCCGCCACCCGUCGUGUCACUCCCGCCACCACCCCAACCACCGCCGUCGCCACCACCAGCAUCUCUUCUGAAAUCACUGUAGAAAAACAACUCCCGAACGGGGAUCUGUACGUAGGAUCGUUCUCGGGUCACGCGCCUCACGGAUCCGGGAAAUACGUCUGGACUGAUGGGUGCAUGUACGAAGGCGAGUGGCGUCGCGGUAAAGCAUCUGGGAAAGGGAAAUUCUCUUGGCCUUCAGGAGCUACUUUUGAAGGGGAAUUUAAGUCGGGUCGGAUGGAAGGAUUCGGUACUUUUAUAGGAUCCGAAGGGGAUACUUACCGCGGAUCAUGGAGCUCCGAUCGAAAACAUGGGUACGGGCAAAAACAGUACGCGAAUGGAGAUUUAUAUGAAGGGACAUGGAAGAAGAAUUUACAAGAUGGGAAAGGGAGAUAUGUGUGGAAAAACGGGAAUGAGUAUUUUGGUGAGUGGAAAAACGGCGUCAUUUCAGGGAGAGGAGUUUUGAUUUGGGCUAAUGGGAAUAGAUAUGAUGCGCAAUGGGAAAAUGGAGUUCCGAAAGGGAAUGGGGUUUAUACAUGGCCGGAUGGGAGUUAUAUUGGGAGCUGGGAUAAUAAUAACAGUAAGGAUUUGAAAGGGCAGCAAUUGAAUAGCACAUUUUGUCCUGGGAAUAGGAAGGAAUGUUGUUUAAAGAGGAAUGAGAAUGAUUUGGUUUUGACCACUACACCCACGAGGAAGAGAUCCUCAGUUGAUGGAGGGAGAGGGAGCGGGAUGAAUUUUCCUAGGAUUUGUAUUUGGGAAAGUGAUGGGGAUGCUGGGGACAUUACUUGUGAUAUCAUUGAUAACGUGGAAGCAGAGAUGAUUUAUCGAGAUGGGUUAGGGCUGGACCGAGAAUGUAUUAGGCAGUUUAGAAGAGGUCCCUGUUGUUUUAAUGGUGGAGAGGUCAAGAAACCCGGGCAGACCAUCUCGAAAGGGCACAAGAAUUAUGAUUUGAUGCUUAAUUUGCAAUUGGGUAUUAGGUAUUCUGUUGGGAAGCAUGCCCAGAUUUUGAGGGACUUGAAGCCAAGCGAUUUUGAACCCAAGGAGAAGUUCUGGACGAGGUUUCCACCUGAAGGCUCAAAAAUUACUCCUCCACAUCAGUCUUUAGAUUUUCGAUGGAAAGAUUAUUGUCCUGUGGUUUUUAGACAUUUGAGAGAGCUUUUUCAAGUAGAUCCUGCUGAUUACAUGCUAGCUAUUUGUGGCAAUGAUGCCCUCAGAGAGCUUUCUUCACCAGGGAAGAGUGGAAGCUUCUUUUACCUUACUCAGGAUGACAGGUUUAUGAUAAAGACGGUGAAGAAAUCAGAAGUCAAGGUGCUUAUUAGGAUGCUUCCCAGUUAUUACCAACAUGUUUGUCGGUAUGAAAAUUCAUUAGUGACAAAGUUCUUUGGUGUGCAUUGUGUUAAACCGAUUGGUGGACAGAAGAUCCGUUUCAUUGUGAUGGGCAAUCUCUUCUGUUCAGAGUAUAGAAUACAUAGAAGAUUUGACCUGAAAGGAUCCUCCCAUGGCCGCACAACAGAUAAGCCUGAGGGUGAGAUAGAUGAAACCACAACUCUCAAGGACCUUGAUCUCAAUUUUGUCUUUCGUCUACAGCGAAAUUGGUUCCAGGAACUUAUCAAGCAAAUUGAUCGUGAUUGUGAAUUUUUGGAAGCUGAGAAAAUCAUGGAUUAUAGUCUCUUGGUUGGCCUCCACUUUCGUGAUGACAAUACUUAUGACAAAAUGGGAUUGUCACCAUUCCUUUUGCGAACUGGAAAAAAAGAUUCAUACCAGAAUGAGAAGUUCAUGCGUGGGUGUCGCUUUCUUGAAGCAGAGCUACAAGACAUGGAUCGUAUUUUAUCUGGCAGGAAACCUUUAAUAAGAUUGGGAGCAAACAUGCCAGCAAGAGCAGAGACGAUGGCGCGAAGGAGUGAUUUUGAUCAGUAUACCCCUGGUGGAUUUAGCCAUUUGACCCCUUCUCGAAGUGGUGAAAUCUACGAAGUGGUCCUUUAUUUUGGAAUUAUUGAUAUCUUGCAAGACUAUGAUAUUAGCAAGAAGUUGGAGCAUGCCUACAAGUCCUUACAAGCUGAUCCUACUUCAAUUUCAGCAGUAGAUCCAAAACUUUACUCAAAGAGGUUCCGGGAUUUCAUUGGGAGAAUAUUUAUAGAAGACAGGUAGCAGAACCAAAGAAACAUGCGGGUAAAAAGUGGUAGUCGAAUCUGAACUGCAUCCUUUCAUGAGAAAACAGGGGGAAUUGUGCCGAUGCUCCGGGCACAUAAUCUGCUUGUUGCCUCUGCAGAUGUGGUUAAGAGAGCUCGGCAGCCAGGCAGUUUUUGGAAGGGUGCUUGUGGCUGAAUUUUGAAGAUUAGCCGCCAUGAUAUUAAGGGGGGUAGAUUAUGUGCGCCGUCCAAUGGGGGGGGGGGAGGAGGAGGAGGAGGGAAAGUAUGGCUCAAUUUCCUUCUAUUUUUUUUUAAAAAAUAUUUUUGAAAAUUUUUGUGCGACCAAGGAUUGUGAAGGCACGAAGGUUAGGUAUAGGGAACAGGGAAAUGUUUUUCCCAGAGAGAAGAUUCAAAAGGGGAGGGAAAUUGGAAUAAGAACCUGUACAGCCUAUAGAAAAGAUGAAUAGUUUAUGAAAUUUCACUGAUAUUUUUUUGAGGUG